ACCCAAAACACGAAACAGAACAAGUUUAUUUAUACAUCUAUCUGAACCUCUUGUUAACAAACCCACAACAUUUAUUAACAACGUGAAAAAAGAUAUAGCAAAAUGGCUUUCACGAUAUCAAAAUCUCAAUCAGCUAUCACAGAGAGUGAGAAGGAGAAAAUUGAUGAAGCUGCAGGGGUUAAGGACUCUGGUGGUGGAGACAAUAAUAUCUCAAGCCAGCUCCAUUUGAAGUCGCCGGAAGCUGAUGCUUCCUCUAAAUCUUUGGACAAAAAUGUUGUUCUUCGACGCAUCCUGCAACGCAAGAUCUUUAACAAAGCCAAAACUGCUUUUGAAUCUCUUUUGGGAAGCUCUGAAGCCAAUAGUACAAACACUAGUACUAGUACUCAAGAGUUGAAGUGGCUCCAACACGGUGAUGUUUUCUCUGCUCCUUGACUAGAUGCAUGCAUGGCAAAGAAGAUUAUGACUGUUUUAUUUCUGUCUGUGGCUGUGAAUAGAAUGUACUACUCCUGUUUGAUCUGGAGAGUUGAUUUUUAUUUUGUUCCACGAGAUCGAAAUUUGGCUUCAAUCUUAGUUAGAAGGAGUCACUAGUUGUAUAAUAUAAUAUUUGUGCUUUUCUUGA